ACCAAUUUUAGAUUUUCUGUUAGUUUUGUAAAAUAAAAUUGAGUGAAUAACAAUAAAUAAGAAAAUUUAAUAGAAGUUUUUGAUUGGUGUGUUGGCAUUUUCAUGCUAUAAAUCAAAAUGUCGAAAAAUAAAACAAAUUUAAUGGCGACCGGAGAAACAAAUCUAAUCGAAGUGAAAUCAAAGUUUGAUGCCGAAUUCCGCCGCUGGAGCUUUAAACGGCAUGGCGAAUUGCAAAAUUUCGAAGAUUUCUCUACCCUUAUUGAGAAAUUGCAUAGACUACACACACUACAGUUUAUUAUUUUAUACAUUGACCCACGUGAUAAUGAUCUGUUGCCAAUUAAUAAUGAUGACAACUUUGGUAGAGCGCUGAAAAUUGCCAAACCUUUGUUGCGCAUCAUCGUUCAACGUAAAGAUGAUUUGGAAGAGUUUCCCGGUUUUGGCACAAUGAAACCGCGCAAUAAUCUAAUCAGCAGUAUACUGGGACAGACUCCUGUCAAAACAAAACUACCAACAAUAUCAAUACCACAUGAUUUCCGACAAGUAUCGGCUAUAAUUGAUGUUGAUAUUGUGCCAGAGACGCAUCGACGUGUGCGUCUACUUAAAUAUGGUAGCGAUAAGCCUUUGGGAUUUUAUAUAAGAGAUGGUACGUCUGUGCGCGUAACCGCAAAUGGUUUAGAGAAACAACCUGGUAUUUUUAUAUCGCGCCUCGUGCCUGGUGGGCUUGCUGAGAGCACAGGACUUUUAGCAGUCAACGACGAGGUAAUAGAAGUAAAUGGUAUUGAAGUGGCUGGUAAAACACUGGAUCAGGUCACCGAUAUGAUGGUGGCAAAUAGUUCUAAUCUAAUAAUAACGGUGAAGCCGGCAAAUCAACGUACACUUACCUCACCACGCCGCGGCUCAUUCUCGCGCAACAGUCAGCUAUCGAGCGGUUCACAUCAUACCAAUCAAACCAAUACAUCAGAUGAAAAUGAACAAGAUGAGCAAGAUGAAGUCGUCGAUCUGACCGGCAUAACACUCGAUGAUCACAACAAUGUAGCCCCACAGCCACAACAAUCAACGGUGCCAUCACCGGCACUGAUAAUUACGUCACAACAUCACCAGACGUCAUCAACAGCCUCAACAAUUGUCGGCGGCAGUGAAUCCAAAGACGGAGUACUACAUCUAUGAAUUGAAUAUGAAGCGGUAUAGUAAUUAAAACAAACAAAGAAUGACGCAAAAGACAAAGAUGUUAUGGUAAAGGACAAACGGAACUUUCAGGUCGAACAAAGCGGAAAUGCAUAGUAUAUAGUACAUGCAAAAUGAAUAUAUUUUGCACAGAGUUUCCGGGUCUAUAAAAAUAUAAGCAAUCUUAGGCAUAACAAAAAGACAACACAUAUAUACACACAAAUUUUCAUGCUUCACUUUUCAUUUUAUUUCUAUUAUAUACUUAAAUAGUACUGUUUAAUUAUAAAUUAAUGUGUAAAGUGUAAUGUUAUCAAUGCGUUUGACGUUUUCGUCGUAUUGUUUUCAUUUAUUGUUUACAAAUUAUAUACGUCAACGCAUUUUAACUAAACAUGCUGUAUUAUUAGGUACAUAUACACAUAUUUACAUAUCUACGUAUGCAUUGUUAAUAUUUUUAAUCAUGUUUUUUUUAUUGUAGUUGUCCUACUUAUUUUCAUAUACACAUUCACUUACAGUUAAAUCUAGUGUAAACUUGUCUGUUAAACGUACAAUGUGUUUGGUAAAAAUUGCUCGUAUAUAACCCAUCAGUGUUAAUUUACAGUUACAAUGCAGCUACACAUUCCAAAAAGAAAAAAAAAACGAAUUCUGUGGUUUUUAUGUAACAUAAUUGGUGCAAAACUUUUUGUUUGCACUGUAUGUGAGCGUGGAUGAUUUACACGAAAUUCCAAUUGUGUAACUGAACAAUGUGUUCCAUUAAAUUUCAAAAAAAAAAA